CCACACAACCCAAAGCCUUCGCCCAAAGUUCUGUGAGUCUCUCCUCCCCCCCGGUCCCCUCUCCUCCCCCCUCCGCCUCUCGCCGGCGUACGUCUCCGCCGCGAUGGCCGCUCCGCUCCGGCGGAGCCUCCCCUCCCUCGGGCGCGCGCUCCUCUCGCCGGCUCCGGCUCCGGCGCGUAUGCUCUCCGCGGCGGCGUCCGACGCCCUCGUCGAGAUCAAGCCCGGCGAGAUCGGCAUGGUCUCGGGUAUCCCCGAGGAGCACCUCCGGCGCAAGGUUGUAAUAUAUUCACCAGCUAGGACUGCAUCUCAGCAAGGUUCUGGCAAAGUCGGGAGAUGGAAAAUCAACUUUGUGUCAACUCAAAAGUGGGAGAACCCAUUAAUGGGAUGGACAUCUACUGGGGAUCCAUACGCUAAUGUUGGUGAAGCAGGACUUACGUUCGACAGUGCAGAUUCAGCAAAGGCGUUUGCUGAAAAACAUGGAUGGGAUUAUGUGGUUAGAAAACGCCACACGCCUCUUUUGAAGCCCAAAUCCUACGCAGAGAACUUCAAGUGGAGGGGUCCCCCGAAGGCAGAGCAAGCCUGAGGACUAAUGGUGCAUGCUACGUUGCUAGCAGGGCAUUCACAAGAUGUUUCCCUCCGUAUGUGCUUUUUAUUUUGUUUCACCAAUUUCUUUUGUGCGAGUGUGGGCAAACCGUUCCUCAACCAACUCUCAAUCAAACAUGUAAUAAGCGUGCACUCCGAUCCAAUGGAAUGAUUCCCAUGUACUAAAAUAUUGUUCAUCGUUGAGCUUACGAAUAUCCUGAAACGUUGUUUCAUAAA